UUCAUGUCUCGGAAAGGUUGGAGGGUUUUGGCUGGGGAAACCGAAAAAAACUGUCCUAUCAUGGCUUGAUAGGAGGUCCAAGUCUGGCUUAGUGGUAUAAAUAGGGCUGGGUUGUUCUCUGUCGGCAUUCACUUGCCAUUGCUCAAUCUAUCAGCAAGAUGUGGAACAUCACUGAAGUUGCUCUCCAGCUCCCGACGUCCACGGCUUCAAACCGUCUCCUUCAGCCCCUGUGGGACUACUUGUUGUUCAGGCACUACAUUGUGGUCUCGUCUCCAUUCUUCCCAUUGCUGCUCGCCUUCUCCAGCUACUUCAUCUUCAGUCUCCCCUUCGCCAUCCUGGAUGUCUUAGGAGAAAGAUCUCCUCUCUUCAAAUACAAGAUCCAGAAGUCGCGCCGUCCCACCAUCAGGAUGAUGCUGAGGACUCUGGGAACGGCGGUGUACAAUCAUCUAGUGUUCGUGCUUCCGGCUGUGUUAAUCACCAAUGUGGUGAUGCCUUCACCUCCACUUCCGGCAGUUGCUCCGAUGGUGUGGGAACUGAUCUCUGGCGCAUUGGGUGUUUUGCUCAUCUUCGACACCCAGUACUUCUUCUGGCACCUGGUGCACCACAAAAACCCUCACUUGUACAGAUGGGUCCACGCCGUCCAUCACGAUUACAUCUCGCCGUUCUCCUGGUCCACCCAGCACCUCAGCGCGGUGGAGCUGAUGACAGUGGGCUUCUGGAGCAACAUCAAUCCCAUCCUGCUCAAGUGCCAUCCUCUGACCAUAUGGACUCUCAGUGUUUUCAGCAUUUGGAUGUCUGUGGAAGACCACAUCGGUUAUGACCUGCCUUAUUCGCCUGGCCACCUGGUACCUUUUGGGCUUCUUGGAGGAGCGAUGGCCCAUGACAUACAUCACCAGAAACCCAGCAGCAACUUUGCACCUUUCUUUAGUCACUGGGACAGACUUUUCGGCACUGCCGUAACAGUGAAACCAACUAAGAAAAUUGAUAAAGAAAAGUAG